AAGCGCCUUUUUCAACGCAGCCUUCUUCUUGGACGCUAUGCUCAUCAGCCCUACUUCCGUGACAGAGUUACUGGCAUUAUUGAUGAUGAUCAUUCUCCGUUCUCACGCAGAGUAUGAACGAAGAAUUGGAAAAGCCCCAGGCUAG